ACAGUUGUCAGGAGUGUCAAAAUAAAUCAGCUGUUUUAACUAGACGAAGUGUUUGUUGACGUGCUGCCGUUGUCGAAAGAAAGUUUUACAUUAAAAUCUCUCAAACUCGAGAAAAUGGGCCUCCCAGAUUUGCCGGGCCAGGCGGAAAAAGAAGACACAUUUACAGUAGACGAAAAUCACACCAUUCAUGUUGAUCCGUUCAGCGAAGAUGAAAGCGACAAUGACUCGAUUGGCGAUAACCAUGCUUACGAAGGGUAUCAACCAUUGAACGUGGACGAACUGAACCAGCCCAAUCGACGGUUAUCCCAAAUGGAAGAUGAUAUAGAAUCCGGAAUGGAAGUUGAUUUAAAUGAACCAGCUGAAUCAGAUCUGCGCAGUACCGUAAACACGGAACUGCUAAACGUCGACGUAUGGAACGCACCACGACCCAAUGAACUAAAUAUCGAAAUUGAUCCUACAAAAGCUGCAGAGAUAGUAAACGUUAUGGCGGCCAUAAAACUGCCCACCACUGCCGUACCGGAUUGGGCCCGCGGCGUACCGGAAGAAGAAUGGAAGGAAAAUUUACUACAGCGAAUACGCCAGCGACAGCAACCGGAAGUUGUCGAUGGAUCCUUGAAGACCGUAGCACCUACAUCAGCGACUACAAACAGCAGCAGUACAAGCGCCAGCAGUUGCUGCCAGAAGUCGUGAUUUAUUAGAUACAUGUGAUUUCUUCCACUAAUAGCAUCUAUACCAUUCCACGUGCAAUUUUUCGUCGAUGCUCAAGUACGGUCAACCAGUGCGCUAACCAUCUUGAAGUUAUGGAAAGAAAAUGUAUUGUACUAUUUUGUAUGUUUGACUCAAACUGAUCUCGAACAAUAAAACACUCAUAUGCCCCACUCCACGGAAUCCAU